AUGGAGAUAGACAACGACACCCGGGGCUGGAUUCUUUGUGCCUUUAGCGGCGUUGCUUGCGUCCUCGGUGCCGCCAUCACCUGCAUCGACUACUUCGUCCGCUUACUGCCAGGCAAGCGCAACUUUCGCAUCCAACAGAGCAGCGCCUUUCUGGCCUGCUCGCUGAGCCUCAGCUUUGGCGUCAUGCUCUUUUCUGCGUUGUACAGCAUGCUGCCCUCGGCCAUGCGUUACCUGACCGAGGAUGGCUGGGACCAUCAAUCUGCCGGCUUUCUAAUGAUGACCUGCUUUGUGACGGGGUACUUUGGCAUCAAGAUGAUGUCACGUGUGCUGCAUCAGUACAUGCCUUCGCACGUGGUUGACUGCGAUCAUACUCACCAGGGGCCGGUUGAUGUUGAGGUUGGCCAUCAUCAUGGCCAAAGGGACGAGCACACGUAUCCUAGGCCCAGUAUCGCGGAAACUACCCCCUUGCUUUCAGCGCGAACCGAUGGCGCGGCGAACGGGGCUGCUAAGCUGAAGUCUCCUCGGACGCUUUCCGUCACUUCUAAGAGCAAUGGGCACCCUCAAACCAACGGCCAUCCUCAUCCCGAUGUCCAUCCUCACGAUGCAGAUAACACCGACAGACGCCCAUCAGCGAGACACUCCAAAAGCCUGGUUAUGUGCCUGCUCAAAGACACCCCCGACUGCAGCGAAGAAGGGCCGUGCUUUGGCUACUCAGAUCCCUGCAACCAGUCUUGCUUCAAGCACACCGGCGGUCCUCUCACCCGCAGUGUCACCCUCCCGGCCUCCUUCUGCUCCCCCUCUCAUGACGAUGUGCCUCGCGAAUCUUUUCAUGAAAACCCCGCCCACAGCCCCGAUGAGUCAACCCUCGCCCCAGACUCCGAACCCGGCCCCAUCAUCCACACUCCCGAUGUUUAUUCUCACUCCCCAGACGCCCACUCUCACCACUCCCACCACUCGUCACAACAACAACAACAACAACAACAACACCACCACCACGUCCCAACCAACGCUUUUCUCUCCAUCUCCCUCCAAACCGUCCUCGCCAUCGCCCUGCACAAGUUCCCCGAGGGCUUCAUCACCUACGCCACGAACCACGCCAACCCCACGCUGGGGCUUAACGUCUUCCUCGCUCUCUCCGUGCACAACAUCACAGAAGGCUUCGCCAUGGCAUUGCCUCUGUACCUAGCCCUCAAUAGUAGAGUAAAGGCCAUAGCGUGGGCGGCGCUGCUGGGAGGAUUGAGCCAGCCUUUGGGAGCGGGGGUUGCGGUUCUCUGGUUCACCCUCGCGGGGGACAAACAGGUGGGGGUCAAUAAUACGGCGUAUGGGUGUCUUUUUGCGGGAACGGCGGGGAUCAUGGUCAGCGUGGCGCUGCAGUUGUUUGUGGAGAGUUUGGGGCUGAAGCAUGACAGGGAGAUGAGUAUUCUGUUUGGGUUUGGGGGGAUGAUGCUGAUGGGGGUUAGUAAUGCACUGGUUUCGCACUGA